AUGGAUUGGUGUAACUGGCCGGACAUGAAAUUCGAAGACAUGGACACUACGGUAAACGUGCAGCAAUAUAUCCAGCAGUUGAUUAGCAAGGACCCGUCGAACGUUGCUGCAAUACUGGCUCCUCCAGAAGGGCAAGACGACUCCGUCUGGAAAUACGAACACUUGAGGCAGUUUUGUUUGCAGCUCAAUGGACUGGCUGUUAGAUUGCAGGAGGUGUGUGAUCCAAACGUGUGCAAGCUGAUGACUGCUACCGAGCAAUGGAUUUUCCUGUGCGCCGCUCACACGAAUCCAAAAGAAUGCAGUGCCAUCGACUACACACGCCAUACACUGGAUGGUGCCGCUUGCUUACUUAACAGCAAUCGUUAUUUUCCGAGUAGGGUGAGCAUUAAAGAAUCGUCCGUUACAAAGUUAGGCUCCGUUUGCAGACGAGUAUAUCGCAUAUUUUCUCACGCCUACUUUCAUCAUGCCACGGUUUUCAAGGAAUUUGAGGCGGAAACACAUUUGUGCCACCGAUUUACCGCCUACGUCAUCAAAUAUAACCUAAUGUCACACGAACAUCUCAUCGUCCCAUCUGAAGGUGAGUCUACUGAAACGGAGGAGCCUGUGACGAAAGCGGAGUCUUCCUGA